UAUUUUUAUUUUUAUGAAUUUUCUUUUGUUAAACGUGUGAUCCUAAAACAAAGAUUGAGGUUAGAUGACAGAAUUUACGAAUUUUAUAUUUACAUGUUUGAAAAUCUACCUAGAAAUGUGGAAAGUCCUGUCUACGUAAAGCAAAAAAGCGAAUCCGAAAGAAUGAAAAGAUUUCAAGAAAAAAUGAAGCUCGAAAAGAUAUCAAGAGUGCAACCAGGAAUGCGUUUCGUAGAUUUAGUAUUAGUUGACACUAAUCCAAAUGAUGGCGAGCUUAUAUCAAACAGCGAAAGAAAUCCAACAAAAUAUGGAGAUUGGCAGCAUAAUGGUCGAGUGACUGAUUUUUGACUGGUGAAU